AUCUACAUACACGUGCCAAUCCAGUACCCGUAGCAUUUGUUCUUCCCGUGUCUUCCUCUUUCUCGAUCGAGUCGCAGUGCAAAGCAGAGCACAGUAACUAUGGUGUCGAAAUCAAGCGACUCUGCCUCUAAGCUCAGAAAAUCUCUUGGAAAACAGUCAAAUGAGGGUAUUGGAAAUCUCCCAUAUAAGAUGAAUCAGCUUAAAAAGCAAAUUCAAGCAGAGAGAAUUGUUUCAAUAAAAGAAAAAGUUGAGAAGAACAAGAGGAAAUUAGAAAGUGAUGUUUCUCAACUUAUAUCAGCUGCUGCAUCCAGGGGGAAUGCAUUAUUUAUGGGGCAGACUGGAGUUGCUAAAAUGAAAAUUUCAAGGAUUGGAAGUCCUCUCUGCCAGUAUAGUGGAUUUGCUCACGGUUCAGGGGAUAAAGAUUAUAUUAUUGGUCAUGAAGUUGUACCCUCAACAAGCAUAAAGGUUCCUUUCAUUGAGAAGAUACCUCCAUAUACUGCCUGGAUGUUUUUGGACAGGAAUCAGAGAAUGGCCGAAGACCAGUCAGUGGUGGGGAGGAGACGAAUAUACUAUGAUCAACAUGGCAGUGAAGCACUUAUAUGUAGUGACAGUGAGGAAGACAUUAUAGAACCCGAGGAAGAAAAACAUGAAUUUUCUGAGGGUGAAGAUCGCAUUCUAUGGAUGGUCUUUCAGGAACAUGGACUGGCCGAAGAAGUACUAAACAUUGUUAGCCAGUUUAUUGGAGUCUCCACUUCAGAAAUCCAUGAGAGGUGUAGCAUGCUUAAGGAAAAAUUUGAUGAGGAACAAAACGACAAAGAUUCUGGGGAUUCAGCAUCUGGGAGGGGCAUAUCUCUGGAAAAAAGCCUAAGUGCUGCUUUAGAUUCAUUUGAUAACCUAUUUUGUCGUCGUUGUUUGGUACUUGGUCUGACCAUUUCUGGCCUUGCAUUGAUUUUCAAUAAGAAUAAUGUAUAUGAUAAGUGUCUGACAUACUCCUUGAAUUUCUUCAAUGUUGAUGUUUAUCUGCUUGUAUCUAUCCAACAGCUAUUUGACUGCCGCUUACAUGGCUGUUCUCAAACUUUGAUCAAUCCUAGUGAAAAGCAGCCAUAUUGGUCUGAAUACGAAGAUGAAAGAAAACCUUGCAGCAAUCAAUGUUGCCUUAGGUUUAGAGCUGUCAAAGACUUGCCAGAAGGUUCAGUUAAUAAUGUUUUGCAAUGGACAAUACCUGCAACCUUGGAAGGUGAAAAAAAGAUUGCAUGUGCCUCAAAUGCUGAAGCACCAAGUGGUGCAAAUGGUGGCACAGAUCUAGAACAAGAUGAUAGGUGUUUUUCUGAGAAAGAGAUAUCUGUUACUUCAGGACCUAUUUGUCACUCAGAACUUGCUUCUGGAGCUUCAAAUUUAGAUACACCUGCCAUGGUGAUGCACAAUCCAGAACAUAUAAGAAAGCGUAGAGUGUCACAGGAUACAGAUGAUGACUCCACACAGGUUCCUGAUGAUCCCCAGGAUUCUACUAGUAAGAAGCAGAAGAAAUCAGUGGCUUUAGAUGUAGUAACUGAUGAUGUUGAAGAUAACCCAAAUCUUGAUGACAUGGCUGGUACUGAAAGCACAACUGAUAGAAGUGAACUUCAGUUGACCACCAAAGGCACAAUAAAUGAUCCCAGCAAACACGCCCCAAAAAAUCUUGUUUGUUUUGGCACUGAGGAGCAAAUUAGAGAUGAAGCCAAUGAUAUCACUGAAGUGCCUGAAUUGAAUCAGUCAUCCUCAACAGAAAGACAAUUAGAAGGUGUCUCGAGCACGUGUGAGUGGAAACCUAUUGAGAAAGAAUUAUAUUUAAAAGGAGUGGAGAUAUUUGGAAAAAACAGUUGCCUUAUCGCUAGGAAUUUACUUUCUGGGUUGAAGACUUGUAUAGAAGUGUCAAAAUACAUGUGUGACAGUGGAGCAACAAUGCCUCAUAGAUCUGUUGCGCCAAGUUCAAUUCUGGAGGAUAAUGGAAAGACUGAUACAGAUUACAUGGAGCAAGAGAUGCCAACAAGAUCUCGUUUACUUCGUAGGAGGGGCAGGACACGAAAGCUUAAAUAUUCUUGGAAAUCUGCCGGCCAUCCAUCAAUUUGGAAAAGAAUUGCUGAUGGCAAAAACCAGUCCUGUAAGCAGUAUACACCAUGUGGCUGCCAAUCAAUGUGUGGAAAACAAUGCCCCUGUCUACAUAAUGAAACUUGUUGUGAAAAAUAUUGCGGGUGCUCAAAGAGUUGCAAAAAUCGUUUCAGGGGAUGCCACUGUGCAAAGAGCCAAUGCAGAAGCCGGCAAUGUCCAUGUUUUGCUGCUGGACGUGAAUGUGAUCCAGAUGUUUGUCGCAAUUGCUGGGUUAGUUGUGGUGAUGGUUCUUUAGGUGAGCCACCUAAACGAGGAGAUGGCCAAUGUGGAAACAUGAGGCUUCUUCUAAGGCAACAGCAGAGAAUCCUUUUGGCAAAAUCUGAUGUUGCUGGAUGGGGCGCCUUUUUAAAGAACCCUGUCAACAAAAAUGAUUAUCUUGGAGAAUAUACUGGUGAACUGAUCUCCCACCGAGAGGCAGAUAAGCGUGGGAAAAUCUACGAUCGUGCCAAUUCAUCAUUCCUUUUUGACUUGAAUGAUCAGUAUGUUCUUGAUGCUUACCGCAAAGGAGAUAAGCUGAAGUUUGCAAACCACUCAUCCAAUCCUAAUUGCUAUGCGAAGGUGAUGCUUGUGGCAGGAGAUCAUCGAGUAGGUAUCUUUGCCAAGGAACAUAUUGAAGCUAGUGAGGAGCUAUUCUAUGAUUAUCGUUAUGGACCAGACCAGGCUCCUGCAUGGGCUCGGAAACCUGAGGGUUCCAAAAGGGAUGAUUCAACAGUCUCACAAGGUAGAGCAAAGAAACAUCAAUCUCAUUGAUGAGUUGUUAGACUGGUUAGUGGUUUCAAUGCAAUUAUGGAGAAUGGUUUUCCAAUUCCGUUAUUAAAUUUUGUCCAUGUCAUCUACUAGGAAAAAAAUCAGUAGAAUUAUACCUGAGAUAUGCCAGCAAUUGGUUGUAUAUAGAUAUGUAAGUAGGGAUUUCGAAUGUAAAAUAAGAUAGAAUGGGCAAUAAGAUCACACACAUAGUGAUUGGUAAUAAAGAUUGAAACUUGUCUAGCAACAUCCUAUCUAGGCAACAGGGACAUAGAUCAAGAAUUUUUAUUGUUUUAUUUAUCAUCUUUAUGGUAAUAAUGUAAUGGAAAUCGUCUACUUUUGAAGUA